AUGUCAGGAGAAAUUCCAACUCCAGAAGAAAUCAAAAUGGCGGAGGCUGGCGAAAGACAUGCUUCUAUCGGCGAGGCAUCUGACAUCUCGCAACUUGAGACUGAAUUUAGAAGUGGAGAUCCUAUCAAACAGGGUCCAAUUUCCUUCGUACAGAGUGACCACUCGAAGCAACGGAAUUUUGACAAUAAGGUCGAGGAAAUCCUCGCAAAGUCACCUGAUACUAUUACCAGGCAGGAUGCCAAGGAAUUGCGAUCAUUGGAGGGCCGCAUGUUGGGCACGGCACCCGGAAUGCAAUCGCUAAGCGCAGAGGUGCAGUCUAUCGCCGAAUUAAACGAGGAGAUCGCGGCUGCUACCGCGGCUCACGCUGAGGACGACGAGCCCUAUAUACUGGUCCCCGAGGAAGACACGAUUGAGGGCCAGAGCCAUGGGUCAGAGAUUAUUGGCCGGAGGGAUCCACACGGAAGUCGUAGUGUGCGAGUGUCGUCACGGAUCGUUGCUGAUAAGCGCAAGAAGCCCAGACCGGCAAAUGAGGGCAAUUAUUGA